GGGAAUUCUUUUUGUACCCGCAUGCAAGUGCGGUAGAUGUACUUGUGAGCUUGAAAAAAUAUUUCAGCAACAUGUUGAAGAGGAGAAGACUCAGAACUUCUUGAUGGGUCUUGAUGGAGAAAGAUUUUGCGUGUUACGAUCAAAUAUUUUGAGCCAAGAAAAACUACCUUCACUUGCUGAGGUGUAUCAUAUGGUGGGUCAAGAAGAGAGGCACAAAAAAUUGAUUCGUGGGCGUGAAAACAAAGACGAGGUUGUAGGUUUUUCUGUCCAGCGUGAAGGAGGGAGCAAAUUUGAAGGGAAGAUCACUUGCAGCUUCUGCAAAAAGGACGGGCAUGAGGUUGGUAAUUGCUUCAAACGUACUGGUAAGUACCUGGAGUGGUGGUUCGAUAAUUCUGGAAGAAGGAGAGGCAAACCGCGUGGAACCAAUGGGCGUGAAAGAGGAAAAGCAGUUGCACAUGUUGUCCAGAUUGAUGAUAUAAACGUGGAAAACAAUAACCAGGGCAGUGCUCCAGGCAACGUUGCUACUCCAGGGAUCACAGCAGAACAAUGGAAAAGUUUUCUUGACCCCAUAAACCAAUGUAAGAAGCAAACAUCGAAAUAUCAGGUAAUGAAAAGCUCCUAUCACAUGACAGGAUCCCCAUGAAAAGCUCUCAGGACCCACUUUUGAAUAUGCCGAUUGGAGUGGGUAGGCAACAAGGGGGGUCUACUAUUUUUGCGGUGUGGAGGCAGCGGUGGCUAAUGCAGCAAUAAAGAAUGGCGAUUCUGUGAAUUUGUGGCAUUUGCGACUGGGUCAUCCCUCACCAAGAGUAAUGAAAUUUGUUGCUAAUUUAAAUAGUGAAGUUUCUUGCAAUAAGUCAUCUGGACAUUGUGAUGUGUGUGUACGAGCUAAACAAACUCGGGACAGUUUUCAACUUAAUUUUGCACGUGCAAGUAGUUUAUUUGAAAUAAUACAUUGUGAUGUUUGGGGACCC